AUGCACAGCAGAAAGGGUGAGGGUGCACAGCAGCAUCGCCACCCUGACAGCAAAAGCAAAGUGUCUCGAGCAACGCUGAAACUGCAUGCCACCUUCGACGCGUGCGCACAAGGGUUGCGGAGAGUGCAUGUUGGCUGUGAUUUCGCCGGCGGCAUCGCCAUCCACGCAUCGUCCUCUCACAUUCCAGCUCUGACUCCCUAUGAUGGCCUUGGAGCCGCACCGAGAACCGCACUUUUUCCGAUCCCCGACGUAGAUCAAACUUGA